GCACUGGGAUGCCCUGGGCCCACACUGAGCUUCAGAAACCUGCCUGACAGGGUUGCUGCUCCUGACCUCUGCCCCUACCCUGCAUUGCCACCAGAGGCCCCUUUACCCCUUUAAGGGCUGGACAAGGUCUGUCAUUCCCUUAAGAGGGAAGGAGGGACAGGGUCUGGCGCAGCCUUCCCACCCAGAGACAGGUGACUGGUGGGGGUUGGGGGAGAGGGUGUGUGUUCUUAAGUAUGUGUGUGAGGGUGCAUCUGUAUUUGUGUGUGAUUGUGACUAGUAGGGCUCAGUGUCUGAUGCGCCUGUGUCUGUGUGCUUUGGAGAAUGAGGCCCUGUGUGUAUAUUUGGGUGUCUCUUUGUGUGUGCUUGUUUAAUGACAGUGUGUGUAUGUGUGUAAAAUAAGCAUGUGCCUUUCCAUUACAUGCAUAUUUAUUAUGACUGUGAGUGUAUGAGGGUGUGUCUUUGGGUAUGUAUGUGUGUGUGCCUGGGUCUGUGUGUGCAGGAGGUAUUGCCUAUGAAUAUGAAUAUGUUUAAGUGUGUACUGACAUUAUUAGUCCGUGUGUGUGUGUGUGUGUGUGUGUGUCUGUGUACCUGUAUGGAGAACAAGAAUGUCCCUUUCCCAUUCAGUAUUAGGAGUAGGGGCCUUAGUUCUUCCCUUCACCAUAUGCCUCUCAGCCCCUCAUAGUCUCUAUAUAACACCCCCCCCCCAUCUUCCUGGCUUCCCUUCUAAGAGGCCUGAGUUCUCUCUCAGUGAGGGGCCUCUGUAAGAGAGACUGUGAGGACCCAAGGCUGUAAGAUGGUUAUGACUGGCUGACACUCCUCGUCCAGAGGGUGGGGUACCAGCCUUCCCCUUCCUCUACCAGAAGUACCUCCAACAUGCCACAGGGACUCUGAGCUCACUCAACUUCUGAAAUAGCUUCCUUUCUCCUCCCAGGGUGAUGCUCAGGGCCCUCAGACAGAAGGAAAGGAGUCAGGGGCCUAUUGGGGAUACAAUUCUUUUUUCCUCAGGCCUCCAUGGAAGUGGCCCAAGUAGGAGGCCUGAUCACUUCUAGGGGUGGGAUCAAUAAUACCAUAUUCCCAGGACAGGCUAGGCCCCUGGCUCUCAGACAGCCCAUCCCACUUUCCCCUCCCUGUCUCUGCUCUCCUGCCAAUCCACCUUCCUUGCAGCUCACCCCUGCUCCCCCUUCCUCUCUUGCAGGCCUGUCCGAAGAGCAUGCUGCCCCCUCACUCCCCGCCUGGCCUCGCCAUCCCUGCCCCCCCAGCCUGACCCCCGGCCCCAGCAUGGCCCAGGGUGCCAUGCGCUUCUGCUCAGAGGGCGACUGUGCCAUCUCCCCACCACGAUGCCCACGCCGCUGGCUCCCCGAAGGCCCAGUGCCACAAAGCCCCCCAGCCAGCAUGUAUGGCAGCACGGGCUCCCUGCUACGGCGGGUGGCAGGUCCAGGUCCCCGGGGCCGGGAACUGGGACGUGUGACAGCACCCUGUACACCCCUGCGUGGCCCUCCCUCCCCCCGUGUUGCUCCCUCACCCUGGGCACCCUCUUCACCCACUGGGCAGCCCCCUCCGGGGGCGCGGAGCUCUGUGGUCAUAUUCCGCUUUGUGGAGAAGGCCAGCGUGAGGCCACUAAAUGGGCUACCGGCUCCUGGAGGCUUGAGUCGGAGCUGGGACCUGGGUGGGGUCUCUCCUCCCAGGCCCACCCCAGCCCUUGGGCCUGGCUCCAACCGGAAGUUGCGGCUAGAGGCCUCCACAUCAGACCCACUCCCUGCCGGAGGAGGCUCAGCUCUGCCUGGCAGCCAGGGCCUUAUCCAUGGGCCACCAGCCCAACCUCAGGUUGGGGCAGAUGGCCUUUACUCCUCUCUCCCCAAUGGGCUCGGGGGACCCUCUGAGCACCUGGCCAAGCUAUUCCUAGGACCUGCUGACACUGGACUCCUGAACCAGGGAGACACCUGGUCCUCCCCCCGGGAAGUCUCCUCUCAUGCCCAGAAAAUUGCUCGAGCCAAAUGGGAAUUCUUCUAUGGCUCCCUGGACCCCCCAGGCUCAGGUGCUAAGCCCCCAGAGCAGGCCCCCCCAUCUCUACUUGGGGUGGGCUCCGGGCAGGGCUCUGGGGUGGCUGUGGGGCGAGCAGCCAAGUACUCCGAGACGGACCUGGACACGGUGCCCCUGAGGUGCUACCGCGAGACGGACAUCGAUGAGGUGCUGGCUGAGCGGGAGGAGGCUGACUCGGCCAUCGAGAGUCAGCCUAGCUCCGAGGGUCCACACAGCACUGCCCGCCCACCUGCCCCACGUCCCAGUCCAUGCCUUGGCCCUUGUCCCAGCCUGGGCAGUGGAAAUGAGGACGACGAGGAUGAGGCAGGUGGGGAAGAGGAAGUGGACGACGAGGUGUUUGAGGCCUCAGAGGGGGCCGGGCCAGGCACCCGGAUGCCUCAUCCUGGGCCUCUCAAGUCGCCUGUGCCCUUUCUACCUGGGACCAGCCCCUCGGCUGACGGGCCUGACUCUUUCAGUUGCGUGUUUGAAGCCAUCUUGGAGUCACACCGAGCCAAGGGCACCUCCUACACCAGCCUUGCCUCGCUGGAGGCCCUGGCCUCACCAGGCCCAACCCAGAGCCCCUUCUUCACCUUUGAGCUGCCUCCCCAGCCCCCUGCCCCCCGGCCUGACCCGCCUGCUCCCGCCCCACUUGCACCUCUUGAGCCAGAUUCUGGUACCAGCUCCGCCGCUGAUGGGCCUUGGACACAGAGAGGGGAGGAAGAGGAGGCAGAGGCUGGAGCCAAGCAGGCCCCAGGGAGGGAGCCUGCUAGUCCCUGCCGCUCAGAGGACAGCUUUGGGCUGGGGGCAGCACCCCUGGGCAGUGAGCCACCACUGAGCCAGUUGGUGUCUGACUCGGACUCAGAGCUGGACAGCACGGAGCGGCUGGCCCUGGGAAGCACAGACACCUUGUCCAAUGGGCAAAAAGCAGACCUGGAGGCUGCGCAGCGCCUAGCUAAGAGGCUGUACCGACUAGACGGCUUCAGGAAGGCCGACGUGGCCCGGCAUCUGGGCAAGAACAAUGACUUCAGCAAACUUGUGGCUGGCGAGUACCUCAAGUUCUUUGUCUUCACGGGCAUGACUCUGGACCAAGCUCUCAGGGUGUUUCUGAAGGAGCUGGCAUUAAUGGGUGAGACCCAAGAACGGGAGCGCGUGCUGGCCCACUUCUCCCAGAGAUACUUCCAGUGCAAUCCCGGAGCCCUGUCCUCAGAGGACGGUGCACACACGCUGACCUGCGCCCUCAUGCUACUCAACACCGAUCUCCACGGCCAUAACAUUGGGAAGCGCAUGACCUGCGGAGACUUCAUCGGAAACCUGGAGGGCCUCAAUGAAGGCGGAGACUUCCCCAGGGAGCUGCUCAAGGCCUUGUACAGCUCCAUCAAGAAUGAAAAGCUGCAGUGGGCCAUAGACGAGGAGGAGCUGAGACGCUCUCUGUCUGAGUUGGCCGACCCCAACCCCAAGGUCAUCAAGAGGGUCAGCGGGGGCAGUGGCAGCGGCUCCAGCCCUUUCCUGGACCUGACUCCUGAGCCCGGGGCUGCAGUCUACAAGCAUGGGGCCCUGGUGCGAAAGGUGCACGCAGACCCUGACUGCAGGAAGACACCUCGGGGCAAGCGGGGCUGGAAGAGCUUCCACGGGAUCCUCAAGGGCAUGAUCCUCUACCUGCAGAAGGAGGAGUACCAGCCCGGGAAGGCCCUAUCAGAGGCAGAGCUAAAGAAUGCCAUCAGCAUCCACCAUGCACUGGCCACGCGUGCCAGCGACUACAGCAAGAGGCCCCACGUCUUCUACCUGCGCACAGCAGACUGGCGGGUCUUCCUCUUUCAGGCCCCGAGCCUGGAGCAGAUGCAGUCCUGGGUCACUCGCAUCAAUGUGGUGGCUGCCAUGUUCUCUGCACCCCCCUUCCCAGCUGCUGUCAGCUCCCAGAGGAAGUUUAGCCGCCCUCUGCUGCCCAGUGCUGCCACCCGCCUCUCCCAGGAGGAGCAGGUGCGGACCCACGAGGCCAAGCUGAAGGCCAUGGCAAGUGAGUUGCGAGAGCACCGGGCUGCACAGCUGGGCAGGAAGGCCCGGGGCAAGGAGGCGGAGGAGCAGCGGCAGAAGGAGGCCUACCUGGAGUUUGAGAAAUCCCGCUAUGGCACGUAUGCGGCACUGCUUCGGGUCAAGCUGAAGGCGGGCAGCGAAGAGCUAGAUGCGGUGGAGGCAGCACUGGCCCAGGCCGGGAGCUCGGAGGAUGGCCUCCCCCCACCUCACUCCAGUCCCUCCCCGCAGGCCAACCCUUCCAGCCAGCCCAGGGCUCAGGGUCCCGGCUCAGAGCCUCGCACAGGGGCAAGCAGUGGGCGGUGGAAGCUCUGAGCUUGGGGGAGGAGCGUGGGGGGGUCAGCGCCCACUGGGCACCUGCAUGACAGCCCCGCCUGAGCCCGGGCCGGCCUCGGGCCACCCGCCAGGGCCCCUCGGCCCAGGGCCCGACCGCGCCGGACGCGGUGUCCGGGGCAGGGCAGGGCUAGGGCCUGGGCCUCGGGAGCCUAGGUUAGGAGCCCCUCUGAGACCCCCAUUUUGUGAUAAUGUUUUGCACUUUUUCGUACGGGGCGGGGGGCUGGGGUGGGAGGGGCCAGGGCCCCUUGGACUUUUGAUGCUUUUUUUUUUUUUUUUUUUUUUUUUUUUGACGGCGGGGGAGGCCUGACGUUUCUGCUUUCUGCUGAGACCACCCCCACCCGACACCAGCAAUCCCCCUCCAUCCUGGGGCCUGGCUCAGAUAGAGGCCAGGAGUUGGGGCUGAGCUGGUUUUCCCUCCUUCCUCCCUGAGGCUCACCCUCUCUCCUUCCAGAGGCAGAGGAAGGGUAUCCAUGCCUAGGCCCCCUACAGAGUCUGGGGACAGCAUGGCCUUGCUUUCCCUCCUUCAGUGGGCCCUGCCCUUUGUACAGCCUCCUCUCCCAUUAAAACUGCUCUGGACUUGC